AUGUCCGCUCGCAUUCCCGGGUCACAAGCUGCAAAGGUAUAUGUGCAUAAUGAGAUGUGCAACUACUAUGGCUACUUUGGCUUACCGCAUGUUUUUUUGACCUUCAAUCCCAGCGCUGCCCACAGUCCGAUCUUUCAGGUGAUGUAUGGGGACCAUUCCGUGGACUUGAGCGAAUGCUUUCCAUGUAUGCCAGCUGGCCGUGUGUGUGCUUUGCGGUUAGCCCAAGACCCUGUGGCAGCUGCAGACUUUUAUGAGUUUUCUUUUAAGUGCCUGUUUCAUUUCUUGUUGGGCUGGGACUUUGAACAGGAGCAAUCAAUAAAGGAUGGCGGUAUUCUGGGGCAUAUUCGAGCAUUCUAUGGCACCACUGAGUUUACGGAAUGUGGCGCUCUCCACGGGCACUUUCUGAUAUGGUUGGAAGGAGGAAUGAAUCCCUCAGAACUCCAUAUGCGUCUUCGGACAGACUCUGACUUUCAAGACCAAUUUUUUCGUUUCUUCAAGGCAGCAAUUCACCAUCACCUGCCUGAUGUUGAAGAUUCCGUCGAUGAACAUUUUGAACCUCGCAUCCAAAGGCCUCCCAUGCCUCCAUCCAAACAGCCUGAAGGAAUGGAUGCAACUGAAAAGUGGGAAGUGUUAUUCAUGUCUGAAGUCAAAAAAUGUGGGGAGGUUCUGCAAUGCCAUCACUGUCACUCGGUGUGUCACAAGUACGGCAACCAAGGCUGCUGUCGUUUCUUGUUUCUGCAUGAAGUUGUCGACGCAUCUCACUUUGAUGAUCAGACAAACUCUGUGGUGCUUAUGUGUUGUGACGCAAAUGUCAACUACUUCAAUCCUUACAUCCUCGUAUUCUGCCGUCACAAUCACGAUAUCAAAUGCAUUUUAUCUGGCAAAGGAGCGAAAGCUGCUAUGUUCUAUAUCUCUGACUACAUCACUAAGAUGGAUGUGAAGACUUAUGAGGUAUUGUCUCUAUUAUCUCGUGCUGUCGCCCGAAUCCCCAAACAGAUUGUGCAUCAAGGAAAUGUUGUCGAUCAUGGUAAAGCACUCCUUCACAAGUGCUUGUCACAGUUUAAUUGGCAACAACAGGUCCAUGCUCAACAGGCUGCGCGAUACAUUCAAGGUUUCGAUGACAGUACUUGCUCUCAUCAGACUGUUCCGAUGAUGUCAUCCUUGUUACUUGCCUAUGUUCAUGAACAAUACAUUCGCUGCGACACGAUGACACCUGAUGACCAUGAUGACGACGAAGUCGAACAAGUCCAACUCCAAAUCGCGACUGACAAGGAUGGAAAGUUAGUGGAAGCAAACCAGAUACAUCAUUAUCUGUACUGCUCAGACGCUUUGGCCCAGAUGAGCUUUUAUGAUUUUUGUCAUUGUGUUUGUGUAGAAACCAUCAAGAGCAGCGCCCGCAUGAAGAACACACAUGAAACACGUCUUGGGGUCUAUAGAAGACACGCAUUAAAACCUGGACAUCCCGCCCAUGAGACCCAUGAGCUUCAGGAACACACAAAUGAACAACGAGGAGACGGCUAUCAAGAAUUUAUUCCACGAGUGGUUGGAUGUUCCAUACCUCGUCGUUCAGAUGCCACAGCUUGGGCUUUAUUCGCCCUUGCACAUUUCAAACCAUUUAGUGUGAUCGUCCCACUCCUAUCCGGCAUGGAAUCAGUGAUUAGCACCUUUCAGAAGUACUCUUUCUCGGGUCGCAGUCGCCAAGUGAUGAACAACUGGGAAGCGAUCCAUGAAUGCGAAGAUGAAAGAGAUGCAGAUCGACUUCACAAGAAAGCAAGCAUGACAGCAGAAAGUAAGGCUUUAUCUACAUCAUUAGGACUUGCUAGCCUCACGGAUGAUGAUGUUGAAAUUGAUAUGUCGCGCAUGCCCUCACACCGUGCUGAAGAAGAUUUUGCAAUCAGUCAAACUGUUCUACUCAUGCAACAAUGUCAGUGGCUCACAUCCCGUUCCAAAGCGCCAAUGGCCUGUUAUGAUCAACGUUCACCGAUUGGCAAAGGUUUCACACAACCACUAGGACUCGUCAAGUUUUAA